AAGAUAAAAGGCUCGUAUCGACCUUCAGAGAUCAAACAGUCGCUAAUUUAGCACAUGUAGUGUAAUAAUGCAGUUUGGCGGGGCACACUUAAAUCUCACAAAAUCGUUUUGGCCUCAUAGUUGAUAAAAUUAAUUUGAAUUCUGAUUUGAAAAGUUUUAUAUUUGAAGAAGUAUGGCAAAGAAAAGAUGUUUAAUUGUAGGAUUAGUGUUAUUAUUAUCGGCAGGUUACCUGUGCCUGCCAUCAAGGAGAGACUUGUUUGAUUUGGACUGCGACAAAGAUUUGAACUGUACGGACGAUGUAAAGCCGGUCUGCGGAUCCGAUGGUGUAUCAUACACCAACCUAUGCUACUUGAGAAGUGAGCACCAGUACCAAAAUUGUGUGGUCGGGAAUUUCAACCCGAUACUUGUUGUCAAGGACGGAAACUGUACGGACGAUGAUGGGAAGGGUGUAAAUGACGGGGAUAAAGUCCGUACCGACAUCGUUGUCAACUACAAGGGAAAUUAAGAGAGCAGACGAUAGCAAGGUUGUGCAAACUACUUGACGCAAUGCAAAUGAAGACUUUACCUAGACUACCACAUUUAAGCCAACCUUAUCGCUUAGCUCACGGCUCUAAACAUUGCUAAAAAACUUUCACGGCAGUGUUUGGAUUCAAAUCGUGAACUUUUGUUCCAGUGCUAACCUUGGAUAUUAAAGAUCUCUGUUUCCUGUAUUUGACUUUUCCUAAAGUUGCAUUUGAUAUACAUGUAUACGUGUUGUUUUAACGUAAAUAUUGCGUUAAACUGAAAUUAAUCGUUAAGAAGAACCAUUUAGUAUUUGUUCUUAUUUGAUGUAUACAAUGUAUGUUGUUUGAAAAUUAUCUUAAAUCACUUCUCUUUCUUAAAGCGGCAUUUGAUAUGCGAGAGCAUUUUUUGCCUAUAUGUAACCUUUAAUAUUGUAUUAUUAUUCUUAAAUGGAACAAAUACUGUACUGAAUAUUUUAAUUACAUUUUCAGUCAUAAACUUUUACUUAUUUUUUUUUACUUUCAACAUUAAUGUUUUUAAAACCAAAUUGAUAUAAAAGUUAUUAUUAUUCGUUUCAACACUUAAAUAAAUCUACCAAAAAUCA